AUGCCGAUGGUCCGGUGGCUGUACCUCUCCGGGCUGGUGUUUGCCAUGCUGAUCCCGGCAGCGUGGCAGAUGGGCCCCAAGGACUUGGGUGACAUGUCCAGGUGGCACUCGUACGAAUCCCAAAGCGCCCAAAGCUUCGCAUCCAACCUCAAGCGGCACUCGGAAGGCACCUUCACCAGCGACUUCACCCGCUACCUGGACAAGAUGAAGGCCAAGGACUUCGUGCACUGGCUCAUCAACACCAAGCGCUACAGGUAA